CAAAGGUGAACGCGCGAUGAUGGAGGACGCCCACUGGGAGAGCAUGGCGACGGUGAUGCCCUACUUGGACCGCGGCGAGUCCAAGACCUCCCUCACGACCGACGUCGACGAGGAUGAUGAUGACGGUGCGGAGCAGGACUACCAGUGUCGGCAAGGCAAGCGCCCGAAGGUCCGCCGUGUGAAGGCGAAACAACACGACUUUUUGACGAAGAAAACCUUCUCGGGCGGUCAGCCGCAAACGGCUACUGAUGAGAGAGCGAGAGAGCCGACGCAGUCGCGCAGGGCGCCGCCGGGAAGCCCGAAGGGUGCCGGAGCUUCAAAGGACAAGGCCGCUGCGCCUUCUUCCAGCUCCGCACCCUCCCGGUCCGACGCAGCCCCUCCCUCCACCAAGGCCACCGACGGCUCUCGAGAUGCCGGCGUGACGAGCAAGAAGAGCACAAGCACCGCCCCUUCGUCACAGCAGAGCAGCAGCAGCAGCAGCGGCACCAAACCCAAGUCGCCCAGCAACAAGAGUGGAGAUCCCGUACAGCGUGCGUCAUCCAAGGGGUCACUGUCGACGCAGCUGAGUCGGUCAGGGAGCAACCUCGGCUCAGAGCCGGGAGGCGGCCCUGCUGUCGACCUGAAAAAGAGAAGUGGUCUCGACGGCAAGUCGGCGUCAUCCGCAUCUUUGAAGACCCAGCAGCAGUCGCUGCCCAUCGAGUCGAGAUCCGGCGCGUCGGCCUCCCGUUCCCCUGACGGCAUGAUGAGCAUUGGGUCGUCGAUCAGCAAGGCGGCCAAGCCGGCACCGAGCACGCGACAGGCGCCGAGGCGCAGCAGGACACAGCCACCAAGCAACCCAAGCGCUGCAUCGGCCACCUCGGCGCGUCGGGCUUCUUCCCGUGGGCCGGGUGCGUCGAGGGGUCGGUCGUCUGCUCGUGUCGGCGGCCGCCACGUGCGUGUGAGGCCUGGCGGUGUUGUGCCCCGAGGUCGUCUGCGGGUAGUGGUUGUGCAGAAGGGCGUGCACGUGCUGUGGGAGUCGGCGCUGAGAGGGCCUGGGCGGCGCAUGAUGGGCGAGGGGCUCACCAAUGCCGGACUCUCUGCUGGUGAGUGAGCAAACCAACGGGACGGACGGACGCAUGGCAUGGCUUCAUCAAAGGGACUCACACACCGGUCUGCUUGUCUUGUUGUGUCCCUUCCCCUCGCCCAUGUCGUGUGCGGUGCGUGUCUGUCAGUGUACAACUUGGUGGUGCAGGGGAGCCGUGAGCUGCUGUGCUUGCACGACCCCGUGUUGGCCAACUUCAACCAGCUGCCCUUCUCCCAGACCCCCACCCCACGUGCCAGGCUCAAGGGCAUUGCGCGGGCCCUCUGCCACUCCACUGUCCGUGACGGCGGCUGGGGGGCCGCCAUCGCAGGCGUGCACUGGGCCGUCGAGAGGGGCGCAUCUCUGCCAGACUUCUCUUUGGCCACCAUGCGGCGCGUGAUGGGGCACCUCAAGAAGCUCAAGGGCUAUGUGCCUUUUGAGGUCAGUCUGAAAUAAAUGAGGGCCGAAUGGGAUCCAUUCACUGAGGUUUUCUUCAUUUCUUGUGUGUCAGGCUGCUGUUGAGACGGUUGAGGGGGUGCCUGCCAUGGUGCGCUGGAUCUCGCGUGUCGGCUUGGCCACCUUCUGGCACGCCCUCAACAUCCUCUUCGGCGGUCUGCAGCUGGCCAAGGCGCUCAAGAAAUGGCGAGAGGGAGGCGAGAGCGCCACACGAGAGGGACUGAAGGAGGUACCCACGCCCAGACACACAACAGCAGCGGGCAAUUGUCUGUCAAAUCCUUCCCUUGCUGCACCAGGUGCUUGACGCAUUCGUGUCGACGGCGGCAGGGUCGUUCUUCAUCAUGUUGGGCGCGCCGGGAGCCGGCAUCGGUGUGUGUUGGGGCCUCGCUGAAGGCAUAUUGGGCGUCCAGAGUGCCUUCACCACGCACAUCGCAGCGUCGCUCGCCCCACUCUCCUCCGCCUCCCCUGCUGCGCCCGUGGUGAAGCCGCCCACCAGAGCCCUGCUCAUGUCGACGAUUGACCAGCACAGCAUGAGCACGGUGGCCGGCUCCAGUCCCCGCAGCAGCAGCAGGAGCAUCGACGACUCGCCCGCCAGCCGAUUCAGAGAGAGGACCGUUCGCGAGAGGGGCGAGGAGUGGCAGCGGGUGGACCUCAUGCUCAGCAGAGGGGCUUCAUCCGACGACCUGCCGGCCGCAUGGCCGGAUGGGCCGUUGUCGGUAGGCUUGCCGCCCAGGAGCCACCAUUCCCUGCCGCACCUGCUGCCCUCACACCACUCGGACCACUCCAUGGCCCCCGACCCCUGCAUGUGCCGCCACUGGUCGACAAGAGCAUUUGCGCGGCUGCAGCGGGGCCUGGGGGGCGAGGGGGCCCUCCAUGACAUGAGCCAGUCGUAUGGCUUCACGGGUGGGGAGGGAUUGCGUCAGACGGUUCAGCGUGCGGUGCUGCGGCGGUGUGAGCGGUGCGAGCGGGAGAGUGCCAUGGACCGCAUCGCUGUGCCCUUGCCGCCACUGCUGAUGCGGCGGAGCAGCUCGGCGCCCACCGAGAGUGAGAGGGAGGAGGAGGCGGCCGAGAGGGGCUAUGUGGUGUCCAUGCAUGUGAUGGCUAUGUGAUGGCUAUGUGAUGCGAUGAGAUGAGACGAGACCAUCCAGUCAGUUUUGCGUUGCCGAUCCCUCCUUGUGACGCCACUCCUUGGACGAUUUUUGGAUCGUUCGUGCUUUCCUUGUACACAUGAUGUGGUGGGUGGUGGCUUCGCGAUGUCUGAGUGGUGCUUGCUGGACUAGUCGAUGGGAUUUUUCUUUUGUCGACUAGCGAGACAGAUGUGUGUGUGUGUGUGCGUGUGUGUGUGCGUGCGUGUAGACGGACACCCAAGUGAAGCCAACUGUAUAACUGCCUCCACACACUCACUCUAGUCCACUCCGUCGCUCUCUCCCUUGUUCUGCUUGCUUGUGUGCUUGGUAGUGAGUCCGGCCGCCGAAUGAAUGGCCUUCUAUGUGAGCCAGCCGGCAUGCUGCAAGCGACUUUUUGACCUGACUGAAUGACUUGUGUGACGGCCGGCAGCAGCUAGGGCUACUUGACGGAUAGACCAUGAGCCGUACACACACAUCUGUAUGAGAACUGGGCUAACGAAUGCACUGACAUGACUUGACUUCACUGGUGUGGCUUUGUCAGCACCCCGUCCACCCCUCACACACACUCCACUUUGCCCUCCUGCCUGCCUGCCUGCCUGCCUGGCUGUCUGUCGGCUGUCUCCCUGUGUGACGGCCCGGCUGUGUGAGUGUAGUUGCUUAGGCUUGAGCAGUUCUGCUCGCUUGGAUAAGCCAUUCGCGCGCCGAGGCCUCCAGGGAAGACACAGCACGGACAGCCAGCCGCUUUCUCUGUUGAUAUGUGCACUUUGUGCAGUUGCGCCGUGUGGAUAGACUGAGACACAAACGACAUCAUCUCGCUGCUCACUUCACUUGCCUGGCUGCUUUUCACUGGGCUCCUUGGCUUCCUUUUGGCUGGUGUUGCGCGCUCUCAUCAGCUGAGGGCAACCGAUUUUCCUAACCAUGUGUCACACAGUUGAGAAUGAAUGAGACAGAUUUGGUGCCGACAGGCGGCCAAAGAUGCGUUUCAAUGAAUGGGCCAGCGUCUGUGUGUGGUCAUGAUUUCGGCCGAGCAAGCAGAGUCUAUCGUCAAUUGGAGGAAAAGCGCCACAGCGAGCACCUCACACACACACACACACAGAGACAGACAGACAUACAUCGGCAGCUUCUACUCACUAGGCAGACACAGAUGAGGAACCCGAAGAAAAUUCCCCUGACCCC